AUGCUAAAAGGAAGGCUUCUUCUGCGCAGUGUCGUGCGCUCGUUCGCCUCGAAAAUCGAGCCCGGAGCGCCGCAACCGAUUUAUUUGGACGUGCAGGCCACUUCUCCCAUGGUAGGAACUCUGUUUGUUUUGAAAUUCUGUACAGAGAGAUCUUUAAUGUGUUCCCAAUUUUUCAAUUAUUAUUAUCGUCUUAUUAUGGGUGCUUCUGACUGCAAUCGCGCUCUGUUGCGAAACUGCUUUUGUAGUGCAAAAUGCAGUGACCUCGGGGCCGAGUUUGGCCACAUUUCCAGUCAAGAACAACUAAAAAUCACUUCCGGCCGGAAGAACUUGGCCCCAAUAGAGCGCAAUUGCAGAAAAAUACUCGAGCACCAGAGGACCAUGAGAGUAGAAAUGCCCCCGUAACCAAGCCGUGGCCGAAAUAAAUAAGAAAUGGGGGGUAUUUAAGGACCCGCGAGUGGUGGACGCAAUGCUGCCGUACAUGAUCAAUGAUUUCGGAAAUCCGCACUCGAGGACCCAUUCGUACGGUUGGAAAGCGGAAGAAGGCGUCGAGGAGGCGAGAAAGUACAUUGCCGAUCUUAUUAAGGUUUGCAAACUUUUCUUUAUAAAAUUUGAGUCGAAAGUAGUCGAAUGAAUAAAAUUGAGGGUUCCUCCAAACGUGUCCAACAUCUCAGACAGCUAGUAUUCUCUUUGUUGACGGUACAUUGAUUUUUGCUCAUUCAACUGGAAUUCCAGAUUACUGCGAAAUCAGUACGAGCUGUGUUACUAAAACUCGUUAAUGAACAUUUUCAAGUAUGAAAAGUUCAUCUAUAACUUUUCUAUUCCGCUGUUCCGUUAGUUUUGAAGAGUUCGAACGAAAAAUGACUGACGGCGCAGCUGAAUUCAGUGGAUGUUUGAUUUUGAAAGAGGCUCGGAUCAUCUCACAGCUUCGGUGUCCAAAUUGAGAGAAAUCAAUGUUAUGAACGAUGUUCAACAUACGGAAACGAUGACAUUAGCAUGAAAACGACGUUGUAUACUCCUAAUUUCCACGCUGCUGUUUCAAAAACUAUUUAUGCAUUUUCUACGCCAAACAACAACAGUAGAAAUAAUAUAAUUUCAGGCGGACCCGCGAGACAUCGUCUUCACCUCCGGAGCCACCGAAUCGAACAAUUUGGCGAUCAAAGGAGUGGCCAAAUUCAGAAAACAAUCGGGAAAAAAUCAUUUGAUCACACUGCAGACGGUACGGUUUUUUUUUUGGUUGUUGGGAAUUUAGGACGAAGAAUUCGAAUGAAGACGGAAACUUUGACGUUUUGUCAGAAACUGAAUUUUUAGUGCAUUUUUUGACUCCAAAAUUGUGACGAUUUUCAGGAGCACAAAUGCGUGUUGGAUUCGUGUCGAUAUUUGGAAAACGAGGGAUUCAAAGUCACCUAUUUGCCGGUCGAUAACGGAGGAAUGGUCGAUUUGGAGGUACUUUUGCAAACUGAGCCCAUCAGCUUUCCUAGUUUCUGAAAUACGCUCAGUCGAAAAUGAGCCAUCCAGUAAAUGCCUGAUUUUCAGCUGCUGGAGCACACAAUCACCCCGGAAACGUGUCUCGUUUCGAUCAUGUUCGUCAACAAUGAAAUUGGCGUCGUUCAGCCGAUCAAACAAAUUGGUACUCUUUUAUAACUUGGCUUUCUAGUCUCACGCAGCUAAGCUUGACUUCACCAAACAUUGGCAAGCUAGCAUAAACAAGGCAAAAUGCAUGAUAUCUCAAAUCUUCCUCUGUACAAAAUACUUGUCCGCCCGAUAGUUGAAUACGGAACAGCAGUCACAAGUCCGAUGAAACAACGCGAUACCAAAGCUAGAAAUUUAGGUGAAAUGUGCCGUUCGAAGGGCGUCUAUUUCCACACGGACGCGGCGCAGGCGACCGGAAAAGUGCCGAUCGACGUGAACGAACUCAAGAUCGACCUUUUGUCCAUUUCGGGGCACAAAAUCUACGGACCGAAAGGUGGGAGAACACGUUUACAGUUUCUAGCAAAUAUCAUAAACAGUUUGUUUGCAUUUUCCGACAGUUGUCUUAAACUUUUAUGAAGAAAACCGUAAUUCUUCACAAUUCGCCUAUUUUGCAGGCGCGGGCGCCCUCUACGUGCGUCGCCGUCCGCGUGUCCGCGUGGAAGCCCAGAUGUCGGGAGGCGGUCAGGAAAGAGGAUUACGGUCGGGUACGGUAGCCGCGCCGUUGUGCAUCGGACUGGGAGAGGCGGCACGCAUUGCCGCCAACGAAAUGGGUGGGUUACUGUAGAGAGCUAUAAGAAACGUAACUGAAGAAAAUAACUGGCCCUUGAAAAUGGUGAUUUGGCUGAAAAAUCGAUUUUUCUGCUAAUUUCGCUGUGUUUUCAGGGGAUUUUUCAGGAAUACCAUUUGGGCGGCGGUAGGCAGUUAAAGGCGCAUAGAAAAAAUCUCAUGCUAUGCACCUUUAACUGUCUGCCGUCUGCACCUUUCUAUGAAAAAAUCGAAUCGCUUUUAAAUUCUGAUAUUAUUUCCAUAAUGCUCCAGUCUUUUAAGUAAAAAACUGCAUUAACAGUUGAAACCGGAAUCUACAAUAUUUCUGUUCAGAAAUGGACAAGGCGCACGUGGACCGUCUCUCUCGGAUGCUCAUCGACGGAAUCAACGAGAAGUUGCCGAAUAUCAUCCGGAACGGAGACCCGAAACACGCCUAUCCCGGAUGCGUCAAUCUUUCGUUCGCCUACGUUGAAGGUCGGGCUCUUUUUUUUUUUGAAUUUGAAUUUUCCAUGAUUUUCCUUUUUUAUGUGUAGAAACAUUGGCAACAAACAACAGCACCUACGUUGUGCGUUAAAAGGGUUUUUGAUGUAUAGUAACUGAUCUCGACACUUGUGUCAAAAGCAUAGAUGUGCUUGAUUUUGAAAGAGAAAGUGUGGGAAUACAUGAAAAGAAGGGAGCAUUUUUCUGCCGUAAGAGUUGCGAAACGUAUGCGUUUCAAAAUUGUUUGAAAUUUGAAAAAUUUUGCAGGCGAAUCGCUGCUGAUGGCUCUAAAAUCGAUCGCCCUCUCUUCGGGAAGCGCGUGCACUUCGGCCUCACUGGAGCCGUCGUACGUGCUCAGAGCGAUCGGCUCCGAAGAGGACUUGGCCCACUCUUCGAUUCGAUUCGGACUCGGACGGUUCACCACAGAAGCGGAGGUACCGAAAAACAGUUGAAGGAAAAUUAGGGCGAAUCGGGGAGAUGUGUUCAAUACAAUUGUUUUUUUUCAGGUGAAGCACACAAUCGACCUGUGCGUGCGCGAGACGAAUCGGCUCCGCGAGCUGAGUCCCCUCUGGGAAAUGGUCCAGGAGGGCAUCGAUUUGAAGAGCAUCCAAUGGACGCAGCACUAA